UUUUCCGUCUCUCUUAUCAUCCUCCAUCUGCCUCCCUUUCUCCCUUCUUCAUCAUCCCGCAUCGCGUCUUUCAUCAAUUCACGGCCUCUUCUCCAUCAACUUUGUCAUCUUCUUUGUCUCAUUACUUUGUAUCCUUUGCGCCUAACCUCUUCCGGCGCACGCCUCCCAGUUUCAAGCUUUCUGCCUCUCCCCUUUGUAGAGCUGCAACCCCGUUAGGCGCCGAACCACGCUUCGCGCUUGAAAUCCGCGACUCAUCCCUCUAUCCAUCAUACUAGUGUCUCUCCUACUUCUGUCAAUUUAACAACAUGUCCGGAAAAUUGGAUAAGUCCUUGGACGAAAUUCUCGUCAACCGUCGUCAAGGUGUGCGCCGCCGCCGUCGUGGUGCUUCCUCCAAGGCUGUGACCGCGACUGUCCCUGUUGGUGGUGUGAAGAAGACCACGAAGAGUGCUAAGCCUGCUGGAAAGGCUGUCCAGAAUGGACACCCAGUAUCAUCUGAAAGCAAGAUCAUGGUCAGCGGCUUGCCUGCCGAUGUAAAUGAGGCCAAUAUCAAGGAAUACUUCUCAAAAUCCGCAGGUCCCGUCAAGCGAGUCAUGCUUACUUACAACCAGAACGGCACCAGCCGUGGCAUUGCCUCCAUUGUAUUCAGCAAGCCUGAUACGGCCGCCAAGGCCGCUAAGGACUUGAACGGACUUCUCGUCGAUGGCAGGCCCAUGAAGAUCGAGGUUGUUGUUGACGCAUUCCACGCCCCUGCAGUUCCUGCACCCAAGCCACUUGGCGAGCGUGUCGCCCAGGGCAAGUCCCAGCCAAAGCCUGCAACAACCACCAAGACUACUGCUGCCACUCGUGGACGUGGUGGUGCAGCCCGCCGCGGCGGCCGCAAGGCUGGUCGUCCUGCCAACCGCCCCAAGGCCAAGACCGUAGAGGAACUGGAUGCAGAAAUGGUUGACUACUUUGCUGGCGGCGAGAAUUCUGGCCCCGCGGGCGGUAAUGCCGCAGUAAAUGUUGCUCCUCAGCAAGCCACUACCGGGGGAGAGGACCUCGGAAUGGCAGAAAUUUCUUAAUGAACGAUGAUUCUUUUGAUUUCACGGCGGGGGGAAAUCACUUUCGCCUUCUUUUUUUCCUCCUCGGCUAGACCGUAUACGCUCGAAGGUGGCUAUUUCGGACUUGACAUUAUCCCACCUGAUUACUUCUCUUAAAUGUGUUUUCCUAG